GUAUCCCGUUGAUAAAACGGACCAAAUAUGAAAAGCCCGCUUGAUUCGUAAAUGGGGAAGUUCUAGGUUUUACAAGAUUUUAGGUUUCAUACUUCCCUCUGAAGCUUAAUCUCGCACUCUUUUUCUUCUUCUUCUUCUUCAUUGUUUCAGUUGAAAGGAGAAAUGUUUCGAUCUCUGUUUUACAAAUUGGGUGGAACUCUGAGAAAGCAGCUCAUCAAUGGAGAAUCUUCUUCUUCAUCAUUUGCACCAACAGCUAAGUAUUAUCUUUUUACAUCACAAAAUAAAAAUGUUCUAAUUAAAAAUUCUAGGGUUAAUUCUAUUUACUCCUCCUUCUCUACUGCUACUGCUGCUGCUACUGCUGAUGGUAAUGUUACUUCAUCUUCUUCUUCGAAUUCAUUUGUGGUUUCUUAUUUGAUUAAGUCGUGUGGAUUAUCUGAAAAUCAAGCAAUUCCUGCUUCUAAAAAACUCAAAUUCAAAACCACAACCAAACCAGAUUCAGUCUUAAAAUUGCUGACAGCAUAUGGAUUUACUGAACCCCACAUUUCCAAGCUAAUCAAUAGGGAUCCAUCCAUCCUCUUGUCCAAUCCUAAUGAAACCCUUAAACCCAAACUAGAUUUCUUCAAAUCAAAAGGGCUUUCUGAAAUUGACCUUGCCGACUUCAUCUCAAGUUCCCCAGCAAUACUGAAGCGAGCCUUAAGUAAAGAAAUUAUUCCUUCAUUUGAUGCACUUAAGAGCAUUGUUCAGUCUGAUGAAAACGUCAAUCAAAUGAUUAAACGAGAUGCGUGGAUUAUCAGUGCGGACCGAGUUAAAAGAGUGAUGGUAAAUGUAGAUCUUUUGAGAAAUGAAGGUGUUCCUGAAGCCAAUAUUAUUAAGUAUAUAAUCCUACAUCCAAAAGUAUUUACGGCGAAUAGAUUUGUAGAAAACCUAGAAAAGGUUAAAGAAAUGGGUUUUAAUCAUUUGGAAAUCAAAUUUUUUAAAGCUGUGUAUAUGCUGACACAAAUGAGUGAAGCUAGUUGGAGAAACAAAGUGGAAGUUUUCGAGAAAUGUGGGGGUUGGUCUGAGGAUCAAAUUCAAUCAGCAUUCAGGAAGGAUCCUAAGUGUUUUAAGGCCUCUGAGAACAAGAUUAUGGCGGUUGUGAAUUUCCUUGUGCAUGAAAUGGAUUAUGAUUCAUCAAUAGUUGUUGAGAACCCAAUAGUUUUUUGUUGUAGUUUGCAGGACAAGAUUAUCCCAAGGUGUUCUGUUAUCAAGGUUUUGGUCUCCAGGGGUUUGAUUAAAGAAAACAUUUCUCUAACUACACUUUGUGAAGAUGAGUCUUUCUUGGAGAAAUUUGUGAAUAAAUAUGAGCAACAAGUUCCUGGACUAAUGAAGGUAUUUGAACGUCAAUUGAAUUACCAAGAGCUGCUACAGAACUGAAGGAAUUGCUGAGAUGAAUAUGUCGGUGGCGGUGGUCGUUUCUCAGAUUAAAGACUAAUGGAGGAUGCGAGAUUUAGAUUGGUCUGUUUUUGGAUCUGGCAGAUGCCAAGAAGAUGACAUGGACUCGAGGUUAUGUGGCUGCCUUGUGAGACCCAAUAUCUUUUAUAAAGAGGUUUCAAAUUCACAACAACGAACACUGUUGGGUGUUUCAAAACCAGUAAUGUAUGUCUGAAAUUACUUUAUAUCUGAAAAAACAAGAUCCAAUUUUCUGGGAUUAGAAAGAAAUAUGCAACCCCUGUACAGUUAUUUUUCUGCAAGUUAUUAAAAUGCCUGUUAGGUCUAUACUGCAACUAUUAUUUGAAUACUAUUAUAAAGAAUGUCGAUUACAUUUUUACCA